AUGCUGAAGAAUAGUGACAAUCGGAGCGGAAGUGAGAAAAUUGAUGACUUUACAAACUUCUUCUAUUCGACAUAUACAAGUGAUUUACCCACGAUUCCAAAAGAAUAUUUGGAUAAUAUGCCAGAAAAUGUUAAAUCCAAAUAUUCUAAACAAGAUACAAGGAGUUUUUCGAACAAAUCUGAUUUUAUAGAUUCGCUUGGACUAUCAGAUGAUAUUGAUAAAAAAGAACUUGAGUUAUUCUUAGAUUUUUCCGAAAAAAUUAAAGAAAAAAACGUAUUCAAUUUACUGAAUAGAAUAAUUCUCAGGGUUGACAGAAAUAUCCUAAGUAUUCUUAGUUCCGACAAUGGAAAACUCGUUUUUGCUGAUUAUCCUAUAUUUACAAAAUAUUUUCAAUACAUAUCAGAAUGCAACCAGAAAAAUAUCAAAUCUAGCAUAAACGAUGCCCUCUUAUUCGUACACAGCAUUCUCCAAUUCUUAAUUCCAAGAAUGGAAAAUAAAAUUUUACAAUCUUACAUUAUUUCUAUUCUUAAAACUCUUUAUCAAUUAUACAACAAAAGCGAUUUUGAUUACAAGAGCAAUCCUAUAUUUACAAACGCAUUUGAUUUUAUUGAUAAAUAUUUUACGAUCGAUAGCAAAAAUCUCAGUGAAGACUUUAUUAUUCAGCUCAUAGAUGUACUAGAUCAAUCAAAAGGAAGCCGUACUAUCGAUCAAAAUGCUCUAAUUUCAAUUGAAAUUAUUAGAUUCUUUUCUACCGAUACAGAAGUUCUUCCAAUGUCAGGAAUCAACAUUAUGUUCAUCAAAUUCGCAUUGGAACAAAUCAUCAAGUUCCCAGUUCCUCCAAAAAUCGUUUUUGAAAAAGAGUUUAUUUUGACAGUUGUAAAUAUUAUGAAACACUUCCUUCCAACAGUCGAAAUGGAUGCCAAAUAUGAUUCUCCAGUUACUAAUUAUUCAAUUGAAGACAUUGAUGAAACUCAUUUCGAUAAAAAAUUUGAAAAUUAUCAUUCAGAUUUAGGAUCCAAUUAUUCAUUACCAAAACAAGUAGAAUUCAACAUUAAUCCACUUCUGAAUGAUUUGGUCAAUCCUAUUAUCAAUUAUAUUAAAAAAUUUGAAGAAUCUCAACGAAAUGUUGAAAAAACAACUCAACAAAAGAAAUUAGUACCUUUCAACAUGUUCAUUGACCAAUUUGAUACAGAUAUAGAUAUAAACAAUGUCAUUUUAUUGAUUGUUUAUAUGCUUGACAAAUCGAAAAACGAAGGAAACUUAUUUAUUUAUUCUUAUGGAUUCUGGGAUUUGAUAAAUCCAAAAGUUUUUGGCGAAACAUAUUCAAGUACAGUGAGAAAUGCUGUUCUUAGGUUAUCAAUCAGCAUGUUCUUCAAUCCUUCAUCGAAAGUUCCUGAAUCAAUUUUGCAAAUAAUAUCUAUUGAAAACUUUUUCCACUUUUGGCCACUUUUCAAAGAACUUGAAUCAAUAAAAGGCAGCCAAGAGUUCAUUAAAAGUCUUGUUUUCAAUGGAUUAUUUGCAAAACUCGCUGACUUUGCAAUAGAUAACAUGUUUAUCUAUGAUUAUCUCAGAUAUUUCAUUUACAAAUUUCCAAAGAUUUGUUUUUCAGAGAAUUUAGUCAAAUCAAGGAUGUUGACACACAGUCAAACAUUCAUUAAACUUGUUAAGGCAGCAACAAGAGAACAAGAAAUUUGUCUUAAAUUGAAAGACAUUUUAUAUGACUCUCUUAAAUGUAAAAAGGAUGAAAUAACUGCAGCAAUUAUGGGAAUUAUUGGAACUUAUUCAAAUUUGGACUUUAACAUUGAUUUGAAUGAUUUAAUGACUAUAUUAGUUCAAGAAGUCAAAAAGAAAAACUUGUAUUUGGAGUUUAUUAAUCUUUUGGCUAAUUUGGCUUAUAUCAGUUCAAAAUAUCGAAAUCAAUUGUUUGAAAUGGAUGAAAAAACUUUUGACAUUCUUGUUGACUGUGAUUAUGACUUAGAUUUAACAUUACCUUUAAUUCAUUGCAGCAUUGGAGAUAUAGAUCAAGAUAUUAAAUCAGAAGAUUUCUAUUCUAAUCCUAUAGUUUUCAAAACAGCUAUUGCAAUAUUAAUAAGAAGAUGCAAAUAUACUAAAAUGAAUUUGGAAGUGACAAAAGAACUUAAUAAACUUUCAACAGUUCCUUCGAAUGCAGAAAAAAUCUUAUUAGCAAAUGCUUAUGAUUUCACUCUUGAAAACAUGAAAAAUACUACUGAUAAAGAAGAAUUUAAAGUAUAUUUGAAAUUGUUUGAACUCUUAAGCAUGUCGCAAUUCACUCCAUCAAUGUAUCAGAAGUUAAUAAAGACAAUUGAAGCCAAACAUUAUUUAUUUGCAAACUUGGUUUUCGAAGUGAUUUAUAAAUUAAUUAUUGAAAGUAAAUUAACUCGUGAAUGGUCAUUUGUUUUCUCAGAAAAUGGUUCACAACUUGUAGAUGAAAAUGUCCAAAUCAAGCAAGAUACAACAAUUGCUUUUUCAAUAAGUAACAUGAAGAUUGAUUCCAAACACACUUAUCCUUUGUUUUUGAUGAAAAAUGAUAAAACAGAGAUCAAAAUGAGUUUCGCAAUCAAAGAGAAUUGUUCUUACAUGUAUAUUGAUUAUGAUCAAUCUGUUAAGAACAUAUUGAAGUUCGAAAGAACUUAUUUCGAUCCAAACUUCAUAUCCAAUGUUUUAAUUAUUUUCAAUUUACCAAAGAUAACAAUAAACAUCAACAAAAGUCAAAAAACAAUUAAUAUUCUUGAGCCAAAGGAUGAAGAAAACGAAUCACAAGAAGAAAAACCAGCAAAACCACGUGAAAAAACAAAAUCACCGAAGAAACAAGAAUUCCAAGAUGCUGAUUAUACAAUAUCAUUUGCAAGUUUCUUGAAUAAUUCUAUCUUGGAUUGUUCAAUUUCAGAUAUUUCACUUUUCCAUGAAAUAAUCAAUGUAGUUCCUGAAGAUCCACUUCUUAUGGCUGAAAGAUCGACUCUCUACAGGAAAUAUUCUCCUCGUUGUGUUGUUGGAGAUAAAAUCGAGUUUAUUGAUCAAAAAGACAACAAAAAGACAGCAAAAUUUAAUGGAAUUAUUUCAUUCGGAAGAAGCACUAUAUUUAGAGUUUUGAAUAAUGCUGAUUACUUGUAUUCAUUAGUACCUGUUGUACAGAAUUAUUGUGAUAGAGAUGACUCAACAAAUCUAGAAUCAGAUCAAAAUGAUUCAAUUGCUGUUAUUUUGUUGAGAAUUUUCAAGAUAAUGUUGGAUUCUGAUGAUGCUUUAUGCACAAGUUUCUAUAGAAAUGAUUAUUUCAAGUAUUUCGCCAGUUUCUUAUCGAAACUUAAAUCGGAAUUUGUUGAUACAAACUUCCUUACAAGAGCAGUUGAUUUAAUGGAUACGAAACUCAGUGAUAAAAUUGCUGUUGCUUUCUUCUUGAAUAUUGAUUUCGCAAAGAAUAUUUCUAGAGUUCCGAAAUUCAUUGAAAAUUAUGCAAUGAAAUGUUACCAAUUCCAUAAAACCUCUUUCUUUAAUAGAGAAGCUUUAGUUAUUUAUUAUGGUGGUGUUUUGGAAAUGCCAUCACAAACAACUAAUAACAAAAUUAAUUUGGAUGGAAGACAAGAAUUCUUGAAUUUCGCUUUGCAAAUCAUUUCUGAUGAAGAAUUCAAAGCAGACAAAUCUUUCUUAAUUACUUAUCCAAUGUGGAAUGAUAAGAAAGGUUUCGAAGAAGCAGUUAAGCUGAUUAAGGAAAUCAAUAUCUUCAAGGACAUUGAAUCAUCGAUUUCUAACAUUUUCCUUCCUUGGAUUUACAUGUUAAAUCUUCCAGAUUUACACAUUUUUGCUUUAGAUAAAUUCAUUGAAUAUUUCAAUAAAUAUUCCAAAGACGAAAAGAAGAAAUCAGAGCUUGUUAAAUUGUCAAUUAUUGCUUCAUUGAAUUUCAAUUCCAUUCUUGAUAAAGAAGAAGAUAUCAAUAAAUACAGAGAAAUCUUCAUCCAAUCUUCAAUUACAAUUCCAUUGCUUCUAAAAAUUUUGUCAUUUACAAUUGAUAAAGAAAGAGCAAUGAAAUGGUUGAUUGAACAACUUCGAAAGGAAAAUAUCAGUCAGAACUUCAUUGAAUGCAUGAAUUGGCAAUACUUCUUAUUAGAUUUCAUGUGUAAGAUCAACAAAAUUAAUACAGAACCUUUCAUUUUGAUUUUGCAAAGAAAUCCAAGUCAUAUAACAACUCUCUUCAGAUUGAUCGAAUCAUUUUACAUAAAUCAUAAAUCAUUAAUUAAUUGGGAAAAGUUGGAAACAGAUAUCCUUCUAAAUCUUCCAAAGGAUUGUUUCAAAGGUCAUCUUAAUGAAAUUCUUUCUUUACUUGUUCCUUUAAUUAUGCAUGAUUUUGAAAUUGUUUCCAACAAAAAUGUUGAAUCUUUUCCACUUGGAAAUUUGAGAGAAUGCAUGGACUAUUUAAUCAAACUUCCAGCAGCUGUUGUUAAAACAGAUAGAGAGGAAACAUCAAAAGAUAAAACACUCCUCCAAUUCACUUUGGAUCUUUUGGAUUAUUAUGAUGGAAAAAGCGUUACAAUUUAUGAAGUUAAAUUUGACAUGAUUUUGUUAUUUAUUGAUUUGUUAUAUGAAUAUUCAAAGUUUGGUGAUGAUAUUGAAGAAUACUUUAACAAGAUCAUCAAUUGGUUAUCUCAUAAUCCGAUGAAUGUCCAAUUACUUGGAAUUUCCAAUAUCAAAGAAUUUUAUCAUGAAUUGCCGCCAAGAUUAGAAAAAUAUUACAGAAAAGAUAUCGAACCAUGCAGAUAUUUCUAUGAUAGAUUAGACAAUGACAAGUUCAGUUAUGGAUUCUUCAAAGCAGUUGAAAGACAAAGAUCAGAUAUUUUCAGGAGUUUCGAAUUAUUAUUAAACAAAGAUCAUAUAAGAAUUACUUAUAAAGAUGAUCUUCUCAAAUCAUGUAUGAAACAUUCCUAUGAUCAUUAUUACAAUGAUUACUUGGUUUCUACUAAAUACAGAUCAGAAGAGUUCCAUAAUGCAAAUCUCAAAGAUCUUGAGAAUUAUUUCAAAACAAAUGGAACACUUUUAUUCGAAAGCAAAGAUGAUUUCAAACCAACAUUUGUUGUUUCUAGUUUCAUCAACAGAAAAGGUGGAAGAUCAUUGAUGGAACCAAGAUCUCGUAUAAAUGAUAUAACUCAUUUUUACCAAAAUGAUGAGUUCGAAUUUCCAAAAGAAUAUGUUAAAACAUCAGCUGGUUUCACUAAUAAUUGUAUCGCAGUAACAAUUGAAGGAUAUUAUCAAGGAAAAAUCUCUGUAGAAACAGAUACAAAAUACAUCAAGUUCAAUGGUUCAACUAAAACAAAUUGUCACUUUUAUUUUGAUUUGAACAUCAAUGAAAUCGAAUUUAUUUUCAACAGAAUUUGUUUCGGAAGAGAUGUUGCUUGUGAAAUAUAUUCUUCGUUCAAACCACCUUUGUAUUUAAUUUUACCUUGUGAAGCACAAAGAGAUACUUUUAUUUCGUUUGUUGCAGCCAUUUAUGAUAAAGAUAAUGAGAGAAUUCCUCGUGUCGAAGGCAAAUUCGAUCUAUUUACAGAGCUUAGAAAAGCUGUAGGCGGAAAUAUCUAUAAUCCAAAUAAAGAUUUCACAAAAAUUGCUCAGACAAUCAAUCUCCAAUCGAGAUGGGCGAGUAGAGAAAUAUCUACUUUUACUUAUAUCUCUUACUUGAGUAUUUUGGGAGGAAGAUCAUAUAAUAACACAAUGGAAUAUCCUUUCUUCCCAUUUAUUUUCCAAAAUUAUAAAGACAGAGAUUUAAGAGAUUUGACAAAAACAACGUCUCUCGAAACACAAAGGCAAAGCAAUAUUGACACUGCUGAAAACAUAGGAUUUUCUAAAGGCUGCAGUUCCGGACUCUCCGUUAUCUUGGAUUUCGUAAGAUGCUAUCCAUUCUACGCACAACAAUAUGAUUAUUCUAGCAAAGGCUAUGAAUACUAUUCAAGAUCUUUCACCAUAUUCAAAUUGGUUGAGGAUUUAGAAUGUCUUCCUGAAUUCUUCUGCUUCCCUUAUAUUUUCGUGGAUACUCUCGGUCUUCCUUUGUUCAAGAACGAAAGAGGAGAAUUAUUACAUGAAGAUGUAAUUCUCCCAGAUUGGGCUAAAACAAAGGAAAAUAUGAGUCUCACAAAUGCAAUGAAAUUUGUUUCACUUCACAGAUAUUAUUUGGAGACAAGAGCGAACGAACACAUCAAUAUUUGGUUUGAUAUUAUGUAUGGAAACAAGAGAGGCAAUCAUACAUACGGAGAGUUCAAUAAUGUUGAUUCUAAGAAGCUAGGAAGAAAUUUUGGUGACUACUUAAAAUAUAUUCCAACUGACAGAGUUUUCGAAAGUAGUCACAUUCAACGUGAAGAUCCACCGAAUGAUGAUGACAUGAAAGAAGAAACUUAUACAUCUAAUAUCAUCUAUUUCAAUAAGAAAGUUGUUAUCACAGAAUCAGGAACAUACAAAUACAAUGAUGCUCCAUUAAAUGUAAUUCUUCAGAACAGAGCAAUUGUUGGAGUUUGGCCUGAUUCAAAUACGGUUCUUUAUUUGAGUGAAAAAUCUAAAUCACAGAGUUUCGUCAUUCUCCAUAGAGUGAAAGAAAAUUCAUUAUCUUUCGUUUGCCACCAGUCUUCCAACAUUACUUGCGCUUGUGUAGCUGGAAGAAGAAUACUUGUAACAGGUGGAUUUUACGGAGAUGUCAACAUCUGGAGUUUGCCAGGAAGAGCUUUAAUCAGAAGCUUUUCGUAUCAUGUUUCUCAAAUUGUCAAAGUUGCAAUGAGCGCUGACUGUGGAUUGAUUGCUUCUCUUGACCAAGAAAACAACUUGGUCUUCUGCACAAUCGAUAGAAAGUUCAUUUGCAAGUUACAGACCGAUGCAGAAAUCGGUUUGUUCGUUUAUAAGUCUGGAAUUGUUUGCGCUGUUGGAAAGAACAAGAUAACGUUUUACAACAGUGUUGGAAAUGUUCUUUCAACAGUUGAAUUGAAGGAAACAAUUGUUCGUGCAAAGAAAUGCGUUUUCUACUCUAGUAUUGAUGCAAUUGCUGUUUCAUAUAGAGUGAAUAACAGCGAUUCAAUCAAAGUGUUUAACGCUGCAGGAGAAGAAUUGACAGCGCUAGCACAAGUAGAUCUCGAAAUAAACAGUUUCUUCGAGUACAACAAGAAAGGAACUAUCUUGACUGUUGCAUCCGGAACAAAGGUCGUUAAGUUCAAAAAGCGGGAUGAUAAUAAGCAGGAUGCUGAUAAGAAGGACGCCAAUAAGAAGGAUGCUGACCUGAUUGUGGAUCUUUCAAUUAAUAAAUAA